AUGUCUUUGGAAAAACUCAAACAGAAAUUUACGCUGAAAGUUCGGCGGCCAGCUCCGGCUGAGGCCCGAGGUCCCCGAGCCGAUGUCUCGCCCCCCGAGCCGGUGCCCGGUGACUCCUCCACUUGCACAUCGCUGUCAGCAACCGCUGAAGAAGACGCAGCGCUUCGACUAUGGAACUCGGCAUAUCAAGAGAUAAGACAGGAUAACGAGCAGCUCACUGAGGCGUACGAGAGAAUCCUCACACUGAACAUUAAUGAUGGCGUUGGUGCCCUAACAGCAGCCGCGGCGAACAUCUUUUCCAAUGGCGCCGCAGAAGCACGCAUUCAGAGGAUGGCUAUAUCGGUCCAAAAGUCUGUCGAGAAGAUCCAUGAGCGCCGCAGCAUCAGAGGAGGUAUCAUACAGGCCUCUGCUCUUCUGGUCAAGCUUGAGAAAGUGGGAAAACUCGCAUUGACGCCGGUGCCUCCUCCGGCAACAAUGGCCUGGUCUGGCAUCUGUGCAGCGGUUCAGAUCCUAUCUGGUCCUUUCGAAGCCGAGCAGUCGAUGGUCGAUGGUCUGGAACAUGUCAUCGCUAGGAUGGACUGGUAUGUCGGUCUGUCGAGAAUCAUCUUCGAAGACGUCGGUCAAGGGCGCCAAAAGCUUGCGCAACUCAAUAGUUCGCUCGACAGCCAGGUCAGGACGAUAUAUCGUGCGAUUCUCACGUACGAGAUGACAGCUGUACUGUACUGCUACAAGGACCAUCGGGUAUUUGCGUAUGCGAAGGUCGUAUGGGGUUCCUACGACUGGACCACCCAGCGCAGCAAGCUAGCCAAGCUAGAAGAACGGCUGGAUGGCGACAUGGCGCACUAUUCCAGUCGCGAAUCCGUCGCAGCCCUUCGAAGCCUUCUUCACGAGGCAUCUGAAUCGUCUGGGCUUCUGCGAGAGAUAGCCAGCGGAGUUCAGCAGUUGUCGAGCAUCCAGCAAGCCCAGCAAGACCAACAAACCCAGCGUGACGCUGAAGAGCGAACAAGGAGACGCGAUCUCUUGAUUGGAAGGUUCAAGACGAUUCCAUACGAAGAACGCAUGCGGAUCAAUCCCCUUCGCGUCGCCAAUACCUGCGAGUGGUUCUGUAAUCAUCCCCAGUUCUUGGACUGGCUGGAAAACUCGGAGGGUCUGCUUGUUGUUUCCGCAGACCCCGGUUGCGGCAAGUCGGUACUCUCAAGAUACCUGAUUGAAGAGUACCUCCCAGCAUCCGACCGGACGGCCCAAGCACGCAUAUGCUAUUUCUUCUUCAAGGAUACACCCGAGCAGCGCAGCGCAGCCAGCGCAACCUGCUCUCUGCUGCACUGCCUUUUCGUUCGAGAACCGCUACUAGCUGAUCAUUGCGAGUCCAUGAUCAACCAGGCAGGGAGUAAUCUCACGUCACAUCUGGCAUCGCUAUGGGACGUUCUGGAAAAGGCUCUCAGUCAUUCAUCCUGUCCUCCGGUAGUCUGUAUCUUGGAUGCCCUCGACGAGUGUGAUUCUGCCGAAACUCGUCAGCUUAUCAGUCUUGUGACGCGCUAUUCUCGUCGAACGGCCGGAGGACUUGGACAGGGGACUGUCAAGUUCUUAGUUACGACUCGGGGCCUCCCGCCUAUUCUCAAGCAUCUUGAUGUUUCCGGGCAGGGACACAUUCACCUCGAUGGUGACGGGAAAACAGAAAAGGAUUUGAUCCAAAAGGAGAUCCAACUGGUUGUGGAGCAUCGCUUAUCUCAACUUGCCGAGAACAAGAGGCUAGAUGACGCGAAGAGGAAAAUCCUCAAAGAUGGCUUCGCGCUCAAGGGUGGGGAGGACAGAACGUAUCUCUGGGCCAGUUUGGUGUUUGAGAGUCUCGAGAAGAAUAACAACAACACCCAGAAAGGUUGGAGGGACCUUGUUAGCAAUCUCCCCAAAACCAUACACGGCGCAUAUGAAAGGUUACUCCGGCAGGUCAGCAAUGUUGACGCCAAAAAAGUGGACAGGCUAUUCCAUCUAAUCAUUGCAGCACAAAGACCCCUCACGCUUGAGGAGAUGGACAUUGCGCUUUGUGCCUGGGAAAACGUCCAAGAUAAGCUGGGCGCUCUUUCAGAAGAUGAUUUGGAUCUUAACGCGGCCUUUUCUGACUGGAUUAGGCAAGCUUGCGGUCUGUUCGUGUCGAUCUACGACAAUCGACUCUUCUUCAUCCAUCAGACUGCGAAGGAGUUCCUCUUGGCCGAAGGGGAGGAGGAGCCAGAUGUGAUUCGGGAACCAGAUUGCCCGACUUCGUCAUGGCAUCGCUGCAUUACGAUGACUGCAGCUCACCGUAUAAUGGCCGAAAGUUGCAUUGCCUACUUGUCUAUGGAUUGCUUUCGGAGCGCCCAGUUUCGCAAUGAACUGAUCGCGAUGAAAUUCAUGGAGGGUAAAAAAUACAACAGAGACAUCUUGAGGCGGCGCGAAGUACGAUCUGUACUAGUCACAUUGUGUGACUAUGCUGUCUCUUUCUGGGCUCAUCACUUCGAUCAUGCGCAGGUUGCUUCACACGCUGGCAUCGAGGAUAUUUCCGAUGGCUUUCAAAGUUCCUGUCUCUCUCUUUUCGGUCAGGACAGCACUGUGUCCUCGCCUUGGGGUAUUGCUGCUGCUUCCGAUUGUGAGGACAUGUCUUGGUCACUGGCGCCGCAUGACCACAUGGUUCAGCUUGUCAACUGGGAUGAACAUCGAUGUAUCGAGGGCCUAACGCCGACAGGUUUACGAGCCGCUCUGGGUCACUUCGGCGCCGUACACGAUAUCUUGGAAGCGACAUGUACCUCAACAUCAAUGCUGCCAUAUGAGGGUUCAGAUAACCUGGCUCUGCGAAGAAAAAACGGAAAGCAGGCCUCACACAGGCCUCGGUCAAAGCAACACCAACCCCACCCGUCGCGGCUUCCAUGUUUGGCUUAUCUGCCCAUUUUCUUCGCGGUAGCUCUUGAGCGCUACAAGUGCCUGGAAUACAUACUCGCGACUUGGCGGCAGUCGCAACUCGGCGCACUUGCCCCAGACGGAACACCCUUGUUGUUGUUCGCUGCGAAACACGGUCAUUAUCGGGUCGUCACUCUAUUGCUACAGCAUGGCUUUGACUACACCAUUCAAGACCAAUAUGGCGACACCGUAGUGGAUGCGUUCAGGUCCUUCUUUGACUCAACGAUCCAAUUUUUACCAGGUUCAAUGAAUGCGGAAGACUGCGGAGAGGCUCUUCGCUUGUUGUUGACUGUAUCGCAAGCGUCCCAGUGGAAGCCCGAUUGGUCGUGCCUUCUAGGGUUCGUACCUUUGAAUCCAGAGCCCCGUCUGCGAAUGCUCAACGAACGGGUAGGCCAACUGGCACUGGCAAUAGAACGUGGCUGUCCAGAAGGGCUCGAAACACUCCGCGAAUCACAGGCGUUCACGACAGCUUAUGGAGAAAGUCUGGUCAAGGCCCUUGUCGAUCGAGGGCAUCUGUCGUGCAGUCGACGAGAAGGUCGUUCCGCGCUGCACUAG